UAUUUCCAUUAUUGCACGCAUCUACCUAUACCCCUUCUCUGACUAAUUAUCAGAAUCAAACCGUCACCAUGGCACGCAAAUUCUUCGUCGGUGGUAACUUCAAGAUGAAUGGCAACAUCAAGUCCAUCAAGGAAAUCAUUGCCAACAUCAACGAGGCCAAACUCGAUUCUAACACCGAGGUCGUCAUCGCUCCUCCUUGCCUCUACCUUCUCCUCGCCCGUGAGCACCUUCGCGAGGGUAUCGAGGUCGCUGCCCAGAACGUCUUCGACAGGCCCAAUGGCGCUUUCACUGGUGAGAUCUCCACCGACCAGUUGAAGGAUACCGGCAUUACCUGGGCCAUCUUGGGACACUCCGAGAGGCGAGUUAUCCUCCAGGAGACCGACGAAUUCGUCGCAAGCAAGACCAAGGCAGCCAUUGACGGUGGACUUGGUGUCAUUCUCUGCAUUGGAGAGAGCUUGGAGCAGCGCGAGGCUGGCAAGACCAUCGAGGUUGUCACCAAGCAGCUCAAGGCUGUUGCAGACAAGGUCAAGGACUGGUCCAAGAUCGUCAUUGCCUACGAGCCUAUCUGGGCCAUUGGUACUGGCAAGGUUGCCACCACUGAGCAGGCCCAGGAGGUCCAUGCUGCCAUCCGUGAGUGGCUCAAGAAGGAGGUCUCCACCGAGGCCUCGGACAACACCCGUAUCCUGUACGGAGGAAGUGUCACUGAGAAGAACUCCUGCGAUCUCGCCACGCAGCCCGAUAUCGAUGGUUUCCUCGUUGGCGGUGCUAGCUUGAAGCCUGCUUUCGUUGAUAUCAUCAACUCCAACUCCAGCAAAGCUUGAAUGCAUGGUCUGACCACCAAGCUAUAGAGCCAGUUGGAUAUAAAAUAAGAAUAGGCUAUAAUUGGGCCAAAGGGUCCCUGAUGAUACCUUCGCGUCACCUUUGAUGAUCAAAAUAUGCAGUCAAUGAAAAUGUAAAAUGAUGAUUCGAAGCAAGUCCGCUUCUUUUGAUAUCUCAUGACAUUAUACAAGUAAUCACACAUGUGCUGUACAUGCGACCUGAUAUGCGCCUAUAAUGCUAAUACACAACCCAAGUUCCUCC